AAAUUUAAUUUAACUCAUUGAAAUUGUAAACAUUUUGAAAUGAUAAAGAUCUCAAAAAAGACUUUCCGUCUUUCCCAAGUUGAUGAUUCAUUACCGAAAAAAAGAGUCAAUCAUGCACAUAUUUGGUUUUAUCGAUUUCGUUCCGGUAAUAGUGAUGCAAAUGCUUCUAUACGAUGUGGAAGACCGAUUGUCGCAAAAGUUAAUAAAAUAAUGAAAAUCGUCCAGUCUGAUCGCCAUGGAAGCGUAAAAAAGCUUGACCGAAUUUCCACCUCCGAAUCGUUGCUAAUUCGUAUGGUGAAUGGUGAUAUUGAAAAGUGGAUUACUUACGGCAAUGUCAAUCGAAAACGGUCGUGUUCGAAAGGCAGUGAAACGUCACAAACGAUCUUCAAGUCAGGAUUGACGGACAGAAAGGUGAGAUUGGCAAGGAAUCAUCCACUAUCAGUUGCUUCUAUGCGGCCAAACUCUUAAUUCAGGCUUAAAUACCGUCUGAAACUGGACAGUCUGAAGGAAGCAAUCUCUAACUAUGGCA